ACUUAUAAUGAUCAGAAUUUGAACACUAGCUCUCAAGUAAGGCAGAGAAUACUUAGUCCACCAUAUUUCUUUUGUUUAACAAACUACAGUUGGAUUUUGAAUAGAACAUGAUUCAUGUGAAAGUGAUUAAUUAUUUACUACUUUAUGUUUGCAGGGCGCCAUUUAGAUGACACAUGGAUAGCUUCCGUAACAGAUAAUCUUGCAGAUGGAUUAAGAUGGCAACAGGUCAAAAGUGGCACACCUAGUGGCCGUUUCGGACAAAGUUGUACAGUUGUGGGAGAUCUACUAGUUCUUUUUGGAGGUAUUAAUGAUAAUGGUGAACGCCUAAAUGACACAUGGAUAGGGCAAGUUUUGUACGAUAAAUCUCCAGUUGGAAGGAUUUCAUGGAAGCUGUUAGAAGUUGCUGCAGCUCCAGCUCCUCGUGGUGCACAUGCAGGCUGCUUUGCUGGGGACAACAGAAUUGUGGUUUAUGGUGGAAUUGGACCAGAUGGUUUGAGACUGAAUGAUACAUGGAUGUUGAAUCUUAAUGAAGGUCAACAACCAUGCUGGCAUGAAAUUGAGACAUUGUUGUCACCACCUCCACGAUCGGGUCACACGCUAACAUGGAUUGAUGCAAAUCGCAUGAUUUUGUUUGGAGGUAGAGGUACACAUUUUGAAGUUCUAAAUGAUGUAUGGAUGUUUGAUAUGCAGGGUAACCAACCAGAGUGGGUUGAACUUUGUUCAUAUGAACCAAAUCCAUUAGAUGGAAUCCCAGCACCCCGUUCAGGUCAUUCUGCUACCCCUGUGUUUGGAGGAAGAAUCCUCAUUUAUGGUGGUGAAGAUGCUUCCAGAUGCAGGAAAGGUGAUAUUUGGAUUCUUGAUCCAAUUGCAGGGGGUUUGAUUGAGAGUCCAGCAUUUUUCACUUCAAGUCCAGAUAUAACAGUUCCUGAUAUAAUGCAAAACCCCGUAACUCAUAAGAUUUGGAAAAAACUCAAGCAAAAGGGCUUCCCUCCAAAUGAGAGGUCCUUUCAUGGAGCAUGUCCUAUUGGUUCUGGGCGUUCUAUAGUUAUAUUUGGAGGAAUGGUGGAUGGCGAGCUUCAGCCAACUGCAGCUGUUGGGUUAAGCUUUGAUGCCGAGCUCUAUCUGUUAGAACUUGUUCCAUAGUUUAAAAAAGGUGUUUAUGAGUAUCUAACUAGCAUGCAAGAUAAGUAUUAUGUACAAAAGUGUCAUAGCUUCAAAAUUGCCUUCAAAUUUCAGUCCUUGGAACAGUAUCCAGAUCUUAUCAGAAGAUUAUCCAAUCAUUACAUACAAAUGUAAACCCCAGAUAUAUGCAGUGUCAUGGUGUCCUUUUGUAUGUCAAUAUCAUGGUUUGUAACUUCUUAAAUCCAGGUCCACGGGAUGGACUUCCAGAUAUCCAGAUCCUAGAAGAACUCUUUUCCAAAGGAUAUGCACAUCCACUGUAUCAAUGCAUUUCAUAAAUCACUAAUACAUGUCACACGUUGAAAUGCAAUACAUGCAGUUGGAUACAUGUAACUAUAUCUUUUAGUACUUCCUUUUCCUCUAAAAGGGAAGUAAUACAUAAUCCAAGCUGUUUUUCUUUCACA